AUGAAUGAACCAAAACGCAUCACUCUUGCCGAGAGCUUCUGCGUCGGCCAUGGCGAUGACCUAGGUUGGCAAAGAGGUGUGACUGAGGCUAUAUAUGCGGCUUCGUCACCGUCGCUCGUACAUCUUUUUUCCAUGAUGCACCCGAGCAUUCGAGGCUACUGGGCGUCCAGAUCGGUCGCAGGAUUUACAGACGAGGCUUCUGCGUGGCUGACCUGUGAAACUUCAACUACAGCGACCUUGUCAGACAACUUUGUGUCACUGAGUUUGUGCCUACAUGACACUGUGAAAUAUACGUUGCGACAAUACGAACUGUCAUGUGAGAAGUCGAAGGCUGACCAUGACCCUCUCACUGUCAUGACGGUCAUUCUGUCGCUCUCCCUCCUGAUGGGGGUCAGUUCAGUCAGCGUGCCGGUCCCCGAUCAGGCCCUGGACUACGUGUUUUCGUACGGCGUCAACGACGACAAAUCGGGCAGCAGUUUCGGCCACCACGAAACGACGGACGGCCAGAAGACGGCGGGCGAGUACCGCGUCGCCCUCCCCGACGGCCGCCUGCAGGUGGUGAAGUACACGGCGGACGAAAACGGCUACAACGCCGUCGUCACGUACGAGGGAGUGGCAACGCACCCCGACCAAGACCCUCACGCCCCCACCUCCCCUGCCCCUGCUGUGGUGACGACUGUUCACCCCCCUACUGCCCUGGCGCCCACUCACCCUCCUGCGGUUCUCCCGGCCCCGACGCGCCCUCACCACGCCGUCCCGUCACCAACGCCCCCCACACGUGGCCCCCCGGUCCCGACGCACCGGCAGAUUCCUCCUCAUCCCUCGGCAUUCCCAGCCCCACUCCCCGUGCCUUCGAAUGAUAUCCACCGCCUCCCGGGCCCUGCCUUCGCCGGCCAUUUUCCUCGGCCGGAGCCUGUGCGCCCUCGACCUCAACUCAUCAGCGUGAAUGGUGAACCCAUCGGCCAGCCUCGAGGCCCCGUCUUUCCUCACCUGAUACAGGGUCCACAGCAUUCGGAGCAUAUCCGCCCGCACGCAUUUCUUCAGUUUGGGCCAGGGCAUCCCGCAGUGGCAGAGCGCCCCCCUCCGGCAGAUUUGUCCCUUUUUGUCCCUGAAGAAGAUCUGCAUAAGGCUGAUUUCCCGAGCCUUUUGUCCAAUGCAGUUCCUCUGCAUUUUGGUAACGCUGUUCCUCUUCCUGUCACUCCUAUUCCCCAACACCAUGUCGUUGUACACCCUGGGAAUCCUCUCCCCCUUCGCCCUAUCAGUAGACAUCACGGUACUCCUAUUCCUCAUAGUACUACUCCCGUCUCCCAUCAUGUCACCCCUGUACCCCAUCAUGUUGAUCCGUCAGACCACCAUGUCACUCCAGUCCCUCAUGUUGGGUCUUUCGUCCAUGAUAUUACCCCUAUUCAUGACGUGACUCGCGCCCCACACCAUGGCAAGCAAAUUUCCCAUCACGUUAAUCCAGCUGCACAUCACAACCCUGUAGUUCAUCAUAUCAAGUCUGUUCCACACAACGUCCCAGCCCAUGUCGUUCCUGGGCCCGCUUUGCCGAACUCCGUGCCCCUUCUUCCGAAUUCAAGUCCUUUCCACGUUGGCUCAGUUCCCCUUCACAACGGCCUGCUGCCAGUCACGCCCUCCCCAGGUCUCCAUCACGGCCACGAACACGUCCCGCACCACCCCACCAGUCUCCCUCAUCAUCCCACCCUUACCCCACACCAUACGAGUUCCAUUGCACACCACUCUUCACCAAUCCCGCACCAUACAAGUCCUAUAACACACCACCCCACCACUAUCCCACACCAUACACUUCCCAUUACACACCACACCAGCCCCAUCAUACACCACAGCACCCCUCUCCCACACCAUUCGAGUCCUAUCCUGCCACACUCUAACCCGAUACCACAUCACUCGUCCCCCCUGCCAGGCCUGCACCAAUCUGUAUCCUUCCAUCCUCCAGCUUCUAUUCAAGACAAAGGCGUCCGAAGGGCCAAAUCCUUCCGCAAUAUCUUAGGAGGGAGUGACAUCCCUCCUUUCCUCCCUGGGGCGCCAACCUUGGACCGAGGGCAGUACCUUCGCCAUAAGGGCCUCGACAGACCGGGCAGAUCGCCUCUUCCUACAACAGAAUCUGAAGAAGAAUGA